AUGGCAACACAGUGGGUUCUGGGCAAGGUCUCAGAUGCCCUUGCUCCCACCGUGUCCAGUACGGUGGCCAGUGCCGGGUCAUUUGCAGGGGGAGCAGUGAAUGCACUGGGGAAUAGCAUCAAUGGAGUAGGAGAGACCAUCAACGGGUCAAUCCGUCGAUAUGGCGACGGAGUGAAGGACUAUGGAAAUGGAAUCAUGGACUGGACAUCAGCAGACGGGUUGAGGGCAGCCACGGCGAGCAAUCCAUUAGGGUUGAGUGCAGGCAAGACAGGCGGCAAACGACAGGUGACAGGCGGGGGUGUAUAUCGAGCACCGCCGACGACGCCCACGUCAGCCGCCUCCAAGACCUUGACGACGACAAGCAAGACGGCCGCACCGCAGAAGAAGAUCGACGGCGGCACGCCUAGGAAAGCACUGCCUGCUCCCCCCGGAGCGAAACCAGCGGGUGCGGUGAAGAAGGCUGCGUCUGCGUCCGCGUCUGGUGGCCCUCCUGUCAAGAAACCCCCUACUGCGCCUCUCAAGCCCGUGCAAACAUCCGCCAAAACAGUGACACCCAACCCUGGCGCGAUGAGGAAGAAGCCAGCCGAGGGUGCCAGUAAAGUCAACGGCAGUGCGAAAGCGCCUGGCGCAGCUGCAGCAGCGAAGAAACCAACUCCGGCCAAGCCAAACACAUCGUCGGCUGCCCCCAAGCCUUCAGCGGCGGCGACGACGACGAACAAGGCGAAGCUGCCUGGACCAAACCCUACGCGUGCUGCCAACCCACUGGGACUCAGCUGGUAA